GCCGCGCUGCGGGACGAUGUGGGGCGACGGUCGCCCGGCGGGGUCUGGGGCCGGCGGGGCGGCCGUGACCGUGGUCUUCACCAACGCUCGCGACUGCUUCCUGCACCUGCCGCGGCGCCUUGUGGCCCAGCUGCACCUGCUGCAGAACCAGGCCGUCGAAGUAGCCUGGGGCCGGCAGCCCGUGUUCCUGAGCUGGGUGGAAGGCCGGCGGUUCAGCGACCCAGGCGAGAGUGUGGCUGAGAUCAGCCGGCAAGUGGGGCGGACACUCGGGCUCUCCGACGGCGGACAGGCGUUUCUCAAGCCGUGCUCCCAUGUGGUGUCCUGUGAGCAAGUUGAAGUGGAGCCGCUCUCCGCAGAUGACUGGGAAAUACUGGAACUGCACGCUGCGUCCCUUGAGCAGCGCCUUCUGGAUCAGAUCCGAGUCGUUUUCCCCGCAGCCGUGUUUCCCAUCUGGGUGGAUCAGCGGACUCACAUCUUUAUCCGGAUCGUCGCCCUGACGCCAGCAGCCACUUACGGAAGGCUCGAGGCUGAUACCAGACUCUUGAUUCAGCCAAAGACACGUCCAGCCGCAGAGGGUGUGUCUUCACGAGCACACGAAGCACGCGGCGCGUUUCCUAGUCUCGAGAGAGACCAGCAAGGGACGAUAAGAGGACGUCAGACCAAGCAGCCUCCGGCAGGUAACCCACAAGGUGCCGGGACUGCUGACACAGACCCAGAAGUUUCCGUGGACUCCUCUUCAAGCCUGUGGACCAUGAUAGGAAGCAUUUUCUCUUUUGGAUCCGAGAAGAAGCCAGAGACAUCCUGGGGUGUAACUGAAAUCAGUGCAUUCAAAAAUAUGCAGUCAAAGGUCGUCCCGCUGGACAAUAUCUUCAGGGUGUGCAGCUCCCAGCCUCCCAGCGCGAGCCACACGGCAGCGCUGUCUGUGUCCGCCGCUCCCUGUGCCGUGCACGUGUUUCCCUGGGACCAGGAGUAUUUUGAUGUGGAGCCCAGCUUCACUGUGACCUAUGGAAAGCUAGUUAAGCUCCUUUCUCCAAAGCAGCAGCAAAGGAAAACCAAGCAAAAUGUCCUCUCCCCUGAAAAAGAGAAGCAGAUGGCGGAGGCACCAGAUCAGAAGCAAAUCGGCGCCGACCACAGUCAGGAAGCCGGGAAGGCUCGCGUGCUGAAGGUGGUCUGGAACGGGCUCGAGGAGUUGAAGAAUGCCGCAAAGUACACCUCACACAUAGAAGCUCUGCAUUUUGGGAAAGUCUGGAUUCCAGAUGACCUAAGAAAGAGACUAAAUAUAGAAAUGCAUGCCGUAGUCAGAAUAACUCCUGUGGAAAUUAUUCCUAAAAUUCCAAGAUUUCUAAAAUUACAACCUAAGGAGGACUUGCCGAAGGAUGUGAGUGAAGCCGAGGUAAAAGCGGGGUUCUGUUCCUGGCUGCAGCAGUCUGCAACCACCACGCUUCCUUUGGUGACGUCAGAGGAAGAACAUAUCAAGCUGGGAAUUAAGGAUGGUUUGAAGGAAUUUUCUCUGUGUAUAGUUCAUUCUUCAGAAAAAGAAAAAGAGAAAGAAAAAAGCGUUUUUCUGUUGAGUCCCAAUCUGCUGCAGAAGAUCACGAUACAAGUCCUUCUAGAUCCUAUGGUAAAAGAAGAAAACAGUGAGGAAAUUGACUUAAUUCUUCCCUUUUUAAAGCUGAACUCUUUGGGAGGUGUGGGUUCCUUCGGCAUUUCCUCCAUGGAGCACGUCACGCACAGCCUCCUGGGCCGCCCUCUGUCGCGGCCGCUGAUGGCCCUGGUGGCAGGGCUUAGGAAUGGGGCCCUUUUACUCACAGGAGGAAAGGGAAGUGGAAAGUCAACGUUAGCCAAGGCCGUCUGUCAAGAAGCCCGCGACACACUGGACGCGCACGUGGAGAUAGUCGAUUGUAAAGCUUUACGAGGGAAAAGGCUUGAGAGCAUCCAGAGGAGCCUGCAGGCAGCCUUCGCAGAGGCCGCUUGGAGGCAGCCGUCCGUCAUGCUGCUGGACGACCUGGAUCUCGUCGUGGGCUCAGCUGCCGUGCCGGAGCACGCACACAGUCCCGAGGCCGUGCAGGGCCAGCGGCUCGCACACGCAUUGAACGAUAUGAUCAAAGAGCUUGUUGCCAUGGGAAGUUUGGUUGCGCUGAUUGCCACAAGUCAGGCUCAACACUCGCUGCAUCCUUUACUUGUGUCUGCUCAAGGAGUUCACAUAUUUCAGUGCGUCCAACACAUUCAACCCCCUAACCAGGAGCAAAGACGUGAAGUUCUACAAAGUAUAAUAAAAAACAAACUAGACUGUGAUACCAGCAAGUUCACAGAUCUUGACCUGCAUCGCGUAGCUAAGGAAACUGAAGGGUUUGUGGCUCGAGAUUUUACCGUGCUUGUGGACCGGGCCAUACAUGCUCGUCUGUCUCAUCAGGCUGUAUCCACCGAGAAAGAAUUAGUUUUAACAACAUUGGACUUCCAAAAGGCCCUGCAAGGAUUUGUUCCUGCGUCUCUGAGAAACGUCAACCUGCAUAAACCCAGAGACCUGGGCUGGGAGAAGAUCGGUGGCUUACAUGAAGUCCGGCAGAUCCUCGUGGAUACCAUCCAGUUACCAGCCAAGUAUCCAGAAUUAUUUGCAAACUUGCCCAUACGACAGAGAACAGGAAUAUUGCUGUAUGGUCCUCCUGGGACAGGGAAAACCUUGCUGGCUGGGGUCAUUGCACGGGAGAGUGGAAUGAAUUUCAUUAGUGUCAAGGGGCCAGAGUUACUCAGCAAAUACAUUGGAGCAAGUGAACAAGCUGUUCGGGAUGUUUUUAUUAGGGCACAAGCUGCAAAGCCCUGCAUUGUUUUCUUUGAUGAGUUUGAAUCCAUCGCUCCUCGAAGAGGUCAUGACAACACAGGAGUUACAGACCGGGUGGUUAACCAGUUGCUGACUCAGUUGGAUGGAGUAGAAGGCUUACAAGGUGUUUACGUAUUGGCUGCUACCAGCCGCCCUGACCUGAUUGACCCUGCUCUGCUGCGGCCUGGCCGCCUGGACAAAUGUGUGUACUGUCCUCCUCCAGACCAGGCAUCCCGCCUUGAGAUUCUAGAGGUUCUCAGUGACUCGCUGCCUCUGGCAGACGACGUGGACCUGCAGCACGUGGCUUCAGUGACCGACUCCUUCACUGGGGCCGAUCUGAAAGCGCUGCUGUACACCGCCCAGCUGGAGGCCCUGCACGGCCGGCUGCUGUCCAGCGGACUCCAGGAUGGGAGCUCGAGCUCGGACAGCGACCUGAGCCUGUCCUCCAUGGUCUUUCUGAACCACAGCAGUGGCUCUGAUGACUCCGCUGCAGACGGCGAGUGCGGCUUGGAUCAGUCCCUCGUUUCUCUCGAGACGCCGGAGAUCCUGGCAGAGGACUUGAGAUUCAAUAUGUACCGGCUCUACUUUGGAAGCUCCUAUGAGUCAGAACUGGGAAACGGAACCUCAUCUGAUCUGAGCUCACAGUGUCUUUCUGCGCCGAGCUCCAUGACGCAGGAUCUGCCGGGGGUUCCUGGGAAGGAGCAGCCGACCUCACAGCCUCCGGUGCUCAGGACGGCCUCCCAGGAGGGCUCCCAGGAGCUGACACAGGAACAGAGGGAGCAGCUGAGGGUGGAGAUCGGCGUGAUCAAAGGCAGAUACCAGAGCCACAGUGGGGAGGAUGAAUCCCUUCACCAACCAGGACCAGUCAGAACCAGUCUGGCCAUUAGCCAGUCGCACUUAAUGGCCGCACUGGGUCACACGAGACCGUCCAUUAGUGAGGAAGACUGGAAGACUUUUACUGAGCUGUAUGAAAACUUUCAAAAUCCAAAGAAGAGAAAAAAUCAAAGCGGAACUAUGUUGUUUCGACCUGGACAGAAAGUAACUUUAGCAUAAAAUAUCCUUGGACUUUUUGGGAGGGAAGUGGCUUGUUCCCUACAUUGUUAACAGUUAAAAAUGGUGUCUAUAGAUUUUUUUUAAUUUGACAAAUGCAGUUAUUCUAUAAAAUCACAAAUUGGUAAAUGCUAUUGAUUAUGAUCAGGAAUACACUUGAGAUUAAUACUGUAUUAUGCAUUUCCUAUUGUCCAAAUGAUAGAAGUAAUUUAUCUAAUUUAAAUAAAUUGUUUUGAACUCA